CGUUGUUUGUGCAGCUUUUCUCAGGAAGCACAAUCUCGCGUUUAGAUACAUUCGCGUAUGUUCCGUAGCCGUACAAACACACUCUUCCAUUAUGAGAAAAAACAAUUAGACACAGUUUGGAUCCACUAUUCUUACGAACCGUGCGUUGUCUACACUCCAGUGCGUGAUACCAUUGUGCGCGGGUGGUUGGACCGAAAUUUGUGUAGCGAUGCUCACAUCGAAGAUAUCGAAAGUGGGGAAAGUGGUAAUAUGUGGAGCAAAAGGUGUCGGAAAAACGGCCAUCCUGGAGCAGCUGAUCUAUGGCAAUGUGUCGAUCGACUCGGAACUGCACAGCACAAUCGAAGAUACAUACGUGGCCAGUGUCGAUACUGGUAAGGGUAGCCGAGAUAUGCUUCGCAUUUAUGACACGGCCGGUUUGCAGGGUAACGUGCAGCUUCCCCGACACUAUCUGCUCUACCCGGAUGCGUUUAUUUUAGUAUACGACCCAAGCGAUCCAGCCAGUUUAGAUAUGCUUGCUGGUAUCAAAAGUGAUAUCGAUAAGUAUAAAGAGAAGAAAGAGAUGAUUAUAGUUGUGAUAGCAAACAUGCGUUCUCGCCAGAUACGUGCAACGGGCCCGACGCCGGUCAAUGCCUCCACUGGGGGUGGAACGAUACCAUCCUCCCCGAAUGGUAACCACUAUAACAAUGGCAACAACCAAAUAAAUAACAACGAUCUUAUUGAAUCCAAUCUCAACCGGGCAAACAAUUGGUGCGCACGUGAGCGCAUCAAACAUUACGCGGUCAAUGCCAUGGAACGGGCCUCCUUGUACGAACCGUUCAUCCAGUUGGCCAUUCGCCUGUAUCCAACACAAACCAAAAGUACAUUUCCUCAGCUGAGGCAGCUGACACAGAAAACAUCCAAAGUUGACAACAGUUAAAAACACAACUUAAAAGGGUACUACAGCACUACUUUUUAGUUCUACACAGCAAUUUACUCGCCGUUUGUUGAUUGUUGGAAAGAGCUCCAAACCAAAAAUCUAACAGACAUCGGUUAUUGAGAGUGUAUCAUACCAAUUAGAAAAAUGAUCUUCAAGAUGGGUCUGACGGAUCUUAUUCUACUGUUACUUACUUAAGAGGAUAUGUGAUCUUUUGCGAUGUUCUCUAAAAUAGCAUACGAUAACUGUACCAGUUUUGGUCAACUCAGCACAUUCACCGACAAAAACCGCGCACCAAGGUUCCAAUUAUUAUCUACGAUUUUUUUUCCUUUUGGCAAACAAAUUGCUAAAAGCGAUGACCAAGAUCUUUGCUUCUUACCGAAUGAUCCACUCAUUCACGCCAGUGUAAUGUUUGCUUAAUAUUUAAGUAGCAAGAAGGGAUUUGUUUUCGAGAAAAUGUUGAUAACUUUUCCAAUUUUUGGCCUAAACUGGUACAUUUACCCUAUUUCUGCAGAGUUGUAUUGCCUUUAUUAUUAUUGUAUUUUUCUGGAAACGCUGAGUUAGUUUACGUCUAAGUUUAUUUUAUUCUCUUCAUAAUUAUAACGAUUUUAUUUUCCACAAAAAAAGUGGUUCCUUUGUGGCUAAAGGAUCGCUGUUUUUUAUCUGUGACGUCGGUUUAAUCUGUGUACAUUUAUCCUUUAAAAGCAAGAGCAGUACUUAAACAUGGUAGUAAAAAAAUUAUAUCAAAUAAAUAAGACUACAUACUCGUGUUAUA